GACAAUGCGGGCGGCGGGGCGGCGUUGAGGCGGCGGCGGCACCAGGACGCGGGGCCCGGGGGCGGGGCGGGGCCCAGCCAUGGACAAUCAGUGCACUGUCCAGGUGAAGCUCGAGCUCGGCCACCGCGCCCAGCUGCGCAAGAAGCCGACGACUGAGGGCUUCACGCACGACUGGAUGGUGUUUGUGCGCGGCCCCGAGCAGUGCGAGAUCCAGCACUUCGUGGAGAAGGUGGUCUUCCGCCUGCACGACAGCUUCCCCAAGCCCAAGCGCGUGUGUAAGGAGCCCCCCUACAAGGUAGAAGAGUCGGGGUACGCUGGCUUCAUCAUGCCCAUCGAGGUGUACUUUAAGAACAAGGAGGAGCCUCGGAAGGUGUGUUUCACCUACGACCUCUUCCUGAACCUGGAGGGGAACCCGCCCGUCAACCACCUGCGCUGUGAGAAGCUCACGUUCAACAACCCCACGCUGGAGUUCAGGUGCAAGCUGCUCAUGGCCGGCGGGGUGAUGGUAAUGCCCGAAGGAGCAGAAACGCUUUCCAGGCCCAGCCCCGACUACCCCAUGUUGCCCACAAUUCCACUCUCUGCCUUCUCUGACCCCAAGAAGACCAAACCGGGCCACGGCUCCAAGGACGCCAGCCGGGAGAGCGGCAAAGCCUGCAAGGCCCACAAGGCGCCCAAGGAGCACCGCGAGCGGGAGCGGCCCCGCAAGGACUCGGAGAGCAAGGGCGCCGCCAAGGAGGCCGAGCGGGAGCGGGAGCGGGAGCCGGCCCGGGGCGCCAAGGAUGCGGUGCGCAAGCUGGGCGAGGGCCGGCCGGCCAAGGAGGAGAAGGCGGCGCCGCCCAAGGCCGCCUUCAAGGAGCCCAAGAUGACCCUGAAGGAGCCCAAGCUCGAGAGCCUGUCCCCCAAGGGGGGACCCCCGCCCAAGGCGUCCGGCAAGCGCCCGGCGCCCGCCGACUCGCCCAAGCCCGGCGCCAAGAAGCCCAAGAAGAGCGGCUGCAAGAGCUCGAGGGGCGGCCCCGCCGCGUCCCCCCGCACCUCGGCCUCGGCCUCCGCCUUCCCGGACAAGAAGCCCGCCAAGGACAAGGGCGGGGGCAAGGGCGGCUACAAGGGCAAGGCCGAGAGCGACCCCCGCGAGGCCAAGAAGGUCCCCGACGUGGAAGAGUCCAACUCGGAGGACGAGGCGUCCUUCAAGACCGAGUCCGCCCAGUCCAGCCCGUCCAGUUCCAGCUCCGGCUCCGACUCCAGCUCCGACUCCGACUUCGAGCCGUCCCAGAACCACAGUCAAGGCCCGCUGCGCUCCAUGGUGGAGGACCUGCAGUCGGGGGAGUCAGACGAGGACGACACGACUUCAGGCGAGGAGGCGGCGGCCAAGGCGGCUGCGGGCCGGGACUCCAGGCUGAGCUUCAGCGACAGCGAGAGUGACAACAGUGGAGAUUCCUGCCUGCCAGGCCGUGAGCCCCCGCCGCCCCAGAAGCCGCCCCCUCCCAACAGCAAGGCGUCAGGCCGGAGGAGCCCCGAGUCCUGCAGCAAACCAGAGAAGAUGCUCAAGAAGGGGACCUAUGACAAGGCCUACACGGACGAGCUGGUGGAGCUGCACAGGCGGCUGAUGGCACUGCGGGAGCGGAACGUGUUGCAGCAGAUCGUGAACCUGAUCGAGGAGACGGGCCACUUCAAUGUCACCAACACCACCUUUGACUUCGACCUCUUCUCCCUGGACGAAAGCACUGUCCGCAAGCUGCAGAGCUACCUGGAGGCCGUGGCCACAUGACCGCCCGCCUGCCCG